UAUCGGACAAUUUCAGAUAUCUUUCUGGGGUCUAACAGGCCAAGUGUGUAUAAUAUGGAGGGAGAUCGAUUCGUAUCAGACAACGAAGGGACAAAUUCUGUCCGAUUGGAUGACAGUGAAAGCCCUUCAACUCAAUACAUUGACAAUGUGAACGAGCAACUGCAGGCUGAGCGCGUAUCAGAAAGCUUGCAUAUCACAAUGGUCGAGAAUGAUUCAAAAGUCAUUCCAUCUCAGAUUGAGACGAAAGUUGAUACGUCGUUCGCAGGAACAAUCUCCGUGGCGUCGGUCCGUCGGUCGUCGUCAGACGAGGAAGCCGGAGAAAGUGCCCCGACAAGCAAACGUUCUUCAAGGGUAGGAAGGAUAGCACAGGAAGAAGGUUCAAUAUACAUACCUACCCCAUCCCGUCAAUCUGCAACAAUCACAAUUCUACCGACCGAUCGUCGAACCGAGAGUGGGAUCUCGAUGGUACCCCAAGAUGCAGAGAGUCUUGCAAAACCCUCAGCUUCGGAAAACGACCUUACUACAUCAACUUCAACUGAUCUGGGAUUCCUAGAGAACACUGCUUCCAUUCCACAAACGCCAUCAACACGGGGACGCACUCCGCACCAAAGUUUCCUGCCUGUCCCAAUUUCCCGUAGACAGGGCACUGCGAUAACGGACUCUUCCAACAUACCUAGUCGAUUGAUGACGGGUUUCAAGGCUGAGGGACAGCCUAAGGCACCCCAGAUGGCAGACAUAUUUGAUUCAUCUGCGACUGACAAGAAGGAGGUUACGACGACUGGUAAACGAGGAUCUUUUGCACGAGCAAAAGCAAAAGUAAAGAAAGGUCGGGCGAUGACUGUUUUGACGAAAAAAGGAUUAAGCUUCGAAGUGCGGGAAGAUCAAGAUCCACUUCCCGGAAACGACCUAGAAGCUGUCCUGGCAUCCAAAACUAAUCCAUGGCGUCAAGAACAGUAUUGCGACCCUGUUCCCGCCUUACCUGCUCUCGACCGCAGACCGAUCCCAUCUUGGUUCCGCACACGCUUCCCCGCUGAACCUUUGGCAUUACGUUCCCCCGAUGAUAUCUUCUCCUCGUACAGUCAGCCGUUACCUAUAACCCGAGCCUGCUCAGCACCUCCACUGGCACCAAGUCGCCGACAUCGCUUGCUCCGGGAGCUUAGGACACAGCGGGAGAUGUGUCUUCAGGAAGCGUAUCUCGGACCCACGGCAGUGAAUGCAAAAGUGUUUCUUCGUCAUAUUGCGGCUGUACAGUAUGAGACCCAGCUAGAAGCACCCGAUUCUCAACCCUUGACACCAACUUUCAAUGUAAUGCAUCCUAGUCAUCAAACAUAUAGCUUCUUAGGAAAGGUUCAUUGGCAGGACACUGAUGAGAAACUACCGCGCUGUCAUUCACCGCAGUAUAACAGAGACAAGAAACAACUACGUCCUGAGCAAUCUGCUCGACAUCACCGCCACACACCCGCUGAAAACCUUCCUCGAACCUCAAAGCCUGUCAUUCCACAUCAGGCACGUCGAGUAACGCGCUCGGCACAUCCCGCAGGACGAGGCUCGCACUUGCACCUUGUAAAUUAUGUUCCAUCUCAACUCCAAACAAAGGCUCGGAUGUCAGUGAAAUGAACCAAACAGCCAAAUUAGUUUAGAUUCUUCAUAUCGACUUGUGGUUAGAGUGGCAUGAGAAUUUAUAUACAGUAUUAACAUGGGUUGAUGCGCAUCUGUACCGAUCUACGUAACAGCAAAUUGUAAUGUCUACUAUCUAUACAGUAGCGAACUCUAGUGAAGAUAAUAUCCACCGCCUUACCAACCCUAA